CUGGAGUGGAGCGUGCUGCUGGCUGCCCAGCUCCCCUAGCAGCUGCACUUAUCAGUGCUCUCUGCCCAGGCUCAGGGCAUUGGGAUGUUCCAGCUGGAGCUGCGUUAGGCAGCAAGCAGCACGGCCAGGCUGAGGAGCAGCAGCAUGGGGUGGCUGUGGGCUCCUCAGGCACUGCUUGAUGCUGUGUGUGUGCCUGUGGCUUUCUGGGGUCCCCAGAGCCAGGCAGGCAGAAAUUGGAGCUCUGCAGACAGCAAGGGGCGGUUCUUGCCUGUGUGCUUCACCUCAGCAACAACACAAAGAUCCACAGACAGUGCCUGGGAAGGGGACUGCCUUGUGCUCAGCUUGGGGGACACUGGGCAUCCUGUUUGGUGAAGGGCUGCGAUUCCCUGUGCUCAUCUGAUGUACAGUCUGAGGGGUUCCCUCUACAUUAUUCCUGACUUUCACCUGCUAGUUCAAUUAAAGUUAGGUAGAUUAGGAAUGUAAAGUGCUCAGGAUGAGGUUUAAGAUGGUAUUUUCUGAUAUUUUUGCUUACACUGCAAAUUCCUCUCUAGGUGUGUCCUUGUCCUUGGCGUGAUGGAGUCUUGCUGCCAGCUUUGGCUGUGGGCAUUAUUUGUCCUCCUCGCCUGCCCACAGCCAGGGGUAGCACAGCCAGCCUGCUCCCAUGGGGCCUGCUAUCCCCCCAGUGGGGACCUCCUGCUGGGACGGGGUCAGCACCUGAUGGCCUCUUCCACCUGUGGCCUCACCAAGCCUGAGACGUACUGCACACCGCACGGAGAGUGGAACAUGAGAUGCUGUAAGUGUGACUCCCGGCUGCCUCACGCCCGCAAUGGGCACCGUGUGGCCAACAUGCUGUCCUCUGCUGGGCGCGCACGCUGGUGGCAAUCCCAGAGUGGCAUGGAGCACGUUUAUUUGCAGCUGGAUCUGGAUGAGAAGUUCCAGCUCAGCAGCAUCGUGCUGGAUUUCAGGUCACCGCUGCCCGCCGCGAUGCUGAUUGAGCGCUCCAUGGACUUUGGCAACACAUGGGAGGUGUACCAGUACCUGGCCUCUGACUGUGCUGCUGCCUUUCCCCACAUCCCCCGUGGUGCCCCAGAGAGCUGGGGGGAUGCUCGAUGCCAGCCUCUGCAGGCCCAGCAUGGGUACCCUGUGCACGGGGGCAAGGUGAAAUUCAGUGUCCAAGACCUGGCAUCUACCAUUACUACCUCUUACAGCCAGUCUGUUAAUAGGCUGGGGCAGUUCACCAACCUGAGGAUCAACUUCACCCAGCUCCCACACGUCAUGCACCACAGCUACCGCUCGCCCAGCAGCUUCUAUGCGGUGACUGAAAUGCAGGUGCUGGGAAGCUGCUUCUGCAAUGGCCACGCUGACCGCUGUAUCCCUUCGAGGGACCUCCAUGCCAUGGUGCAUGGGCGCUGCGAAUGCCAGCACAAUACUGCUGGCCCCAACUGUGGCCACUGUGCUGCCCUCUACAAUGACCGCCCUUGGGCCCCCGCGGAGGACAACGACCCCCAUGAGUGCCAGCAGUGUAACUGCAACGGCCACUCGGCCUCCUGCCACUUCGACCCGGAGCUUUUCCACGCCAGCGGUGGGGUGAGCGGAGGUGUCUGCGAUGACUGCCAGCACAACACGGAGGGAAACAACUGUGAGCGCUGCAAAACCAACUAUUUCCGCAACCAGCGGCAGGAUCUCACCCAUCCUGAAGCCUGCCAGCCCUGCGAGUGUGACCCAGACGGCACGGUGCCAGGCUCCGUCUGCGACCCGCUCUCGGGACACUGCAUCUGUAAGGAGAAUGUGCAGGGAGAACGAUGCCACCUCUGCAAGCCAGGCUUUGCCCAGCUGGCCCAUGCCAACCCCCUGGGCUGCCGCAGAUGCGCUUGCAACGUCCUGGGAACGCGGCAGAAUGUGCCCUGCGAUGAUGAGACGGGGAGCUGCUCCUGCCUGCCCAACGUGGUGGGCACCGACUGUGACCAGUGUGCAGCUGGGCACUGGGACAUGGCGAGCGGCCGGGGCUGCCGGCCCUGUGAGUGCAACCCCAGUGGUUCCCACAGCACCCACUGCAACCAGUUCACAGGACAGUGCCAGUGCAGAGAAGGCUUCACGGGGCGGACGUGCUCUGCUGCACAGCAGGAGCAGGCCUGCCCAGAUAGGCACUUUGGAGACAUCAGGGUAGGAUGCACAGAGUGCAACUGUGACUUCCAGGGCACCGAGGACGUGGGGUGUGACAAAUCCACAGGCCGCUGCCUCUGCCGCCCAGGUGUCACCGGUCCCCGCUGUGACCAGUGCCAACGGGACCACUGCAGCACCUACCCCAGCUGUGAGCCCUGCCACCCCUGCUUCCACACCUAUGAUGGUGACAUCCAGCGGCUGCGGUUGCGCCUGCAGCAGGCCAGCCUGAGUAACUCCAGCAUGGCGCUGCCUGGGGGUUCCCACCUGGGCCUCCGGCUCUCACGGGCACAGAGCAGCGUGCAGCAGGCACAGGGCAUCCUUGGUCACUCAUCUGCCACCGAGCAGGGCCUGGCCCAGCUGGGCGAUGCACUCACUGCCAUCAGGGAGCAAAUGCAAGGCGUUAAUCCCAACUUUCAGUUUCUGGAUGUGACUUCCUCUCUAUCAAAUGACUUUGAAGCUCUCAAUAGCAGCCUGCUUACCAUCAGUGCCCAGUAUCAGAGCAAGAAGACCCAGUUUGAAACCAGCCGCAGCACAGAUCUGUCAGGAGCCUUUGGGACCAUCCGAUCUGCUCACCAGACAUCCACCAACGCCAGCAGCCUUGCUGCUGCUGCUGCCACUCUGCUGGCCACGUCCAGGGAGAGCCGCAGGGAUGCAGCAGGGCUGGAGGCAGCAGUUGCCACGCACAGCAGCAAGUUGCUGGCCCUCAGAUCCCAGAUGGCCUCAUCUCCCAAUCUGACUCCUACCGUGAAUAAGAUCUGUGGUGGUUUCCGAACAGAGAUGUGCACCCCAGCGCAGUGUGAAGGCUUGCUGUGCCCACAAGAUGGUGGCAUGGCCUGCGGGGAUGGCCUCAGCUGCCGUGGUGCCAGGCCAUUAGCCGGUGGGGCCCUGCGUGUGGCUGGGAAAGCUGCAGGGGAGCUGGACAGCCUGAGUGCACGGCUAAAGGAGACAGCACAGCUGAUUAAAACAACGGAGGCAUCUGCUAAUCAGAUUCAAAGCAAUGCCUUGCGGCUGAUGGAACAGAUGAGCAUAACAAGAACCCAGAUUGAUGGAGAUGUCCGGCAUGCCCAGCAGUUCAUCCAGCAAGUUCGGAACUUCUUGUCAGACAAAGACACGGACCCUGCAACAAUCCAGGAAGUCAGCGAGUUUGUUCUCUCUCUACGUCUCCCCACGGAUGCUGCUGCAGUCCUGAGGAAAAUGAAUGAGAUUCAAAGUUUGGCUACCAAGCUGCAAUGCCCAGAGAACAUACUUGCCCAGACAGCCGAGGACAUUGCAAAGGCCAAGCAGCUGCAGCAGGAGGCAGAACAGGCCAGGAACCGGGCGAAUGCUGUGGAAGGCAAUGUGGAAGAAGUUGUUGGGAAUCUGAGACAGGCAAACACAGUGCUGCUGGAGGCUCAGGGGGCUAUCAGGGGCUCAGGUUCUUCCCUUCGGUUCAUUCAGGAGCGCGUUGAGGAAAUCGAGGCAGUGCUUGGUCCAGCUGAGAAGAACGUGGGCUCGGUGGCAGCCCAGCUGGCUGUGCUGGCAGAGAGGCUCCCUGGGCUGCAGCAGACAGCAGGGCAGAACCGGCUGCGGGCCGGCGAUGCGCAGCAGGCAGCAGCAGCAGCAAGCGAGGAGGCCAACGGGGCUCAGCAGGCUUUCCAACGAGUGAAAGAUAUGUAUGCAGAGCUGAAGAGCAGAGAGGGGCAGAGCCCUGCGCUGGGAGCACAGGGCAGCCGUGUGCAGAGCAUAGAUCUGGAGGCAAAAGCUCUCUUUGAGGAAACGUGGAACAUGAUGCUCCGUAUGGAAACUUUGGAGACAGAAAUUCAAGAAAGCAACAGAGCUCUUGUGGCCAAGUCAGCCAGGCUGUCAGGCCUUCAGGAGCAGGUGGGCAGGAUCCGGGACGCCAUCCAUAAGCGAGUCACCUACUAUGAGAGCUGCUCCUGAGUGAGGCUGCACCUUCCUGCUGCAGACACCAACUGCUGUGUUGAUUCCCAUUUUUCUGGCAGGAUUUCUCACUUUCCUAAUGUCUGUAUAUUUAGCAAAUGGGAUUUCUGUCCUUUUGGAAAGGAGCUGCACCGAGCCAAAGGGGUGAACCCCUCGGUAGGUUCGUGCUGGUUGGUAUACUUGAAGCUACCUGGGCAUGGAGGAGAAGGACAGACACAGAACUUCAGCUACAAAUAUGCACAUCCCCCACAUUGUUAUUUCCAGAUUCAAGCUUUUGUAGCUGGAUUUGCUAUUCAGACAAAACCCAUUAUGUGGGGCAAUGCAGUUCAUGCUUAGAACUUGCCGUGGCUGCUGUCCUUCCCUCCUAGAUUUUUCAUCAAAGAUUCAGAUCACAGAAAUGGAGAAUUUUAUCACCGUCGUACCUACGUAGCAAACCUCUAUUUCUGCAACUAGGAGAAAUGCAAUCUCAUACUCAAAACGUGUGAUGUUGAAUGUCUUCUUUGACUUUCUGCCACAAUCUUCUUAUUUACUGUGUAACACUUUGCCAGAAAAAUAUCAGAGCGAGCAGUUCUGCAGCUGCUCAGGGGAUGCUUCAGAAGGGACUUAAUAGACCAUUUCCACAUCACAUUUCUACGAAUAACCAACAGGCACUUUACAAAACAAAAGUCAGCUUUAUUAAGCAAGUAUUUAUUGUGCAAUUACAGACUUGGAAGCAGGGAAUUUAGACCUUGCUGUGGUUAUUAACAGACAUAGGGAGGUUGCUAGCAGGUUGUCUCCUUUUGUAGCUGAAGUGAGAACCACGCAGCCUGGGCAGCUGCUUGGCACCGAGCUGCAGAGAGCUGAAGCCUGGGAGAAACCAAAAUCGAAGGAAUGGGAAAGAUGCAGGUUGUAAAAAUAACUGAGCUGCCACUGAAUAAAACUCUGCAUGGCUUUGGUUUAUAGGAUUUAUGCUGUGCAGUGCACUUGUUAUGCAUCGGACAACUUAACGGUAUACAGAAAACAAAAGCUUACAGCGUUGAGCAGUGUUGUAUGGAUAAUAUACACUAUGCUAGCAGCAGCCUCAGACUUUCCCUUGCUAAAGUGCCUUCUCCCAGCAUUAACGAUCAGCAGCAGGCCGAGGUCGCCGCGCUGAUGGAUUCCCAGCAUUUCUGUGCUGCUCAUCACCGCGUCGCUGCUCUCCGUGACGCUGCUGCCUGUCAGCCCCUGGCGGGACACAACAUCCUUUCUUCUUGCUUGCACUGUUGAUGUCUGGCUUUGAAGUGCAGAAAAGAGUAAAACAGCCCUUCUGUUUCUGCAAGAGUGAGAAUUUCAAUUGGGAAUUGAACUUUGUUUCGCUAGACUGCUGCCUUCACAGUGUGCUCUGUUAAUAGGCGGCAGCAGCACGGGGGUUAGGAGCCGCUUAGUUCCUUUUGUAUGCUGCAUUUAUAAAAGGCUGUUACAUGACUGAUCACUGGAAUUGACCUGUUUGGAGUCUGUAGUAGAUCUUACUUGCAUUUGUCUCAUCUAUUGAUCCUUUGUACGUUACUGUUCUGUUCGUGUGAUCUCAUCAGUAGAAAAGGUCAUAAAAGAUGAUAAGAUGCAGCUCA